GAAAGAAAACUGUGAAUAAACGGGGAGCAAUAAGAGGAGGAAAAAUAUCUAACUUACAAGGAAUGUCCUUAGAAUUCAAACGUGCUUGCUUCCAAAUGAAUUAGAAAUACUUGAAACAUUAUGUAAGUGCUCAUUCCCAGAGUGGAAAUAGAGAGCGCAUAGCAAGUGUUUGGAACAUGGCAGACUCUCUCCACUCUUCUUUACUGAUUGCUGAAGAGCAAGAGCAAGAAAAUAUUAAUGGACAUGGAUGUGAGGAGGUGCCAAGAAAGUCUGAUAUUGAUAUAUCUGCCAUCUCUACAUUUGAGAGUUUUAGGAAAGAGAGUUGGAUUGAAUCUAAGAAGUUGUGGGCAAUUGCAGGGCCUGCAAUUUUCACUACUUUAUGUAACUAUUCAAUUGCAGCCAUUUCACAGACAUUUGCAGGACAACUGGGUACUGUGAACCAGGCUGGUGUGGCCAUAGGGAACUCAGUCAUUUCAACCCUGGCUUUUGGAAUUAUGUUGGGAAUGGGCAGUGCACUAGAGACCCUCUGUGGUCAGGCAUUUGGUGCAGGACAGAUUCACAUGCUUGGAGUAUAUAUGCAGCGUUCAUGGUUAAUUUUGUUCUGUACAGCACUGCCUUUGACCCUUGUUUACAUUUUCGCCACGCCAAUUCUAAAGUUGCUAGGACAGAAUGAUGAGGUAUCUGAUUUAGCUGGGAAAUUUGCUAUUUGGUUACUACCACAGCUGUUUGCUUUUCCAUUCAUCUUUCCAAUGCAGAAAUUUCUUCAAGCACAGAGAAAGGUCAUGGCCAUGGCUUGGAUUGCUUUGAUUGGAUUAAUAAUCCAUGUUUUUCUGAGUUGGUUAUUAAUAUUCAAACUGGGAAUGGGAUUAGUUGGAGUAGCUAUCCCAUUGAAUGUAUCAUGGUGGCUUAUUGAUAUCGGCCAAUUCUUGUAUAUCGUUUACUUUUGCCAAGAUGCCUGGAGAGGAUUUUCCUGGCUUGCUUUUCGGGAUUUAUGGGCUUUUGUUCGACUUUCAAUGGCUUCAGCUAUCAUGUUAUGUUUAGAGUUCUGGUAUAUGAUGUCAUUGACUAUUAUGACGGGUCAUCUAAAAGAUGCAGCAGUUGAAGUCGAUGCAUUAUCUGUCUGCAUGACUUUGAAUGGAUGGGAAGCCAUGAUCUUCAUAGGUUUCAAUGCUGGCAUUAGUGUCAGAAUAUCAAAUGAACUGGGAGCUGGCCACCCAAGAGCCGCAAAAUUUUCUGUCCUUAUAGUGACUAUAACAUCACUAUCAAUUGGUCUGAUAUGUAUGUGUAUCAUUUUAGCUACCAAAGAUGAUUUUGCUGUACUAUUCACAAAUAGUGAUGAGGUCAUGAAAAAAGUGUCCAACAUGGCAAUUUUACUUGGAGUGACAAUGGUUUUAAAUAGUGUACAGCCAGUUCUAUCAGGUGUGGCUGUGGGUGGAGGUUGGCAAGGCCUGAUAGCCUAUGUAAACGUAGGGUGCUACUAUGUUAUAGGAGUACCCCUGGGCCUUCUUAUGGGCUAUAAAUUUGACCUUGGAGCCAAGGGCAUUUGGACUGGUAUGAUCUGUGGAACAGCCCUCCAGACUAUCGUUUUAAUAUUUAUCACAUAUUUCACUGACUGGAAUAAAGAGGUUGCUCAAGCCAAGGAUCGCCUCGAGUUGUGGGGAGGAUCUGCUGGGCCUCCAAUUAAUGGGUCAAUGAAGGCGGAAGAGAAUGUUGAAAAUCACAACGUCCCUCAAGAAUAGAGAAGAAAUGUUGAAUCGACGAUACAACUACCAGCUGAACUUGUUGAAUUGAAUUGUCAGUACAACUACCAUCUCGGAAUCUUCAAUUGUAGAAAAGAAAUGUAAAAUUGACAGUUCAACAAUCGAAUAAGAUUUAUACUUCCUGCAAUUUAAAUC